UCCAUUUGUUAGCAUUAUCUUCCAGCUUAGUCACUAUAAAACUAUCACUCUCUGCUCCUCUGCAACACAUUACCCACUCACAUAGAAAAAACAAAUACUCUUAAGAGAGAGAGAUGGAAGGCAAGGAAGAAGAUGUUAGAGUCGGAGCUAACAAGUUUCCGGAGAGACAACCCAUCGGAACAUCAGCUCAGAGCGACAAGGACUACAAGGAGCCACCACCUGCUCCCUUGUUCGAGCCAGGCGAGCUUGCUUCUUGGUCUUUCUGGAGAGCCGGUAUCGCUGAGUUCAUCGCCACGUUUCUGUUCCUUUACAUCACUGUGUUGACCGUCAUGGGUGUGAAGAGGGCACCGAACAUGUGUGCUUCUGUCGGAAUCCAAGGUAUCGCUUGGGCUUUCGGUGGUAUGAUCUUCGCUCUCGUCUACUGCACCGCUGGUAUCUCCGGUGGACACAUCAACCCAGCUGUCACGUUCGGUCUGUUCUUGGCCAGGAAGCUUUCGCUUACACGAGCUGUGUACUACAUAGUGAUGCAGUGCUUAGGAGCUAUCUGUGGAGCUGGUGUGGUGAAGGGUUUCCAACCAAAUCAAUACCAAGCUCUAGGAGGUGGAGCCAACACCGUAGCUCCUGGUUACACCAAAGGAAGUGGUCUCGGUGCUGAGAUUAUUGGAACCUUUGUCCUUGUUUACACCGUCUUCUCCGCCACUGACGCCAAGAGAAACGCUCGUGACUCUCAUGUUCCUAUUCUUGCACCUCUACCAAUCGGAUUCGCUGUGUUCUUGGUCCACUUAGCAACCAUCCCCAUCACUGGAACUGGAAUCAACCCAGCAAGAAGUCUUGGAGCUGCUAUCAUCUUCAACAAGGACAACGCUUGGGACGACCAUUGGGUCUUCUGGGUUGGACCAUUCAUCGGUGCCGCACUUGCUGCUCUUUACCACGUGAUAGUCAUCAGAGCUAUCCCAUUCAAGUCCAGGAGCUGAUCGAGAUAUUCUUAAGAAUCUGGCUUUGAUGCUCUUAGUUUCCUUUUAAUUUGUGAAUGUACUACUUGUGUGAAAUGAAUCAUCGUUUGUAUUUGAUGUCCUCUUCUUUGCCUAAUUCCCCGACUCUAUGUAAAACAAAGACAUUUCUGUGAAAAAUUUGUUAAUCUCUCUUCUCCACUGUCCAAACGAUUUCUUUAAUUGGAACAUUUUG